AUGCCAAGUGCUGAAACCCCGAGGCGCAUUGUCAUAAACACAGAUAAAGUUCCAAUUCCUAUUGAUAAUGUACACGCCAUAGACGAUACAUUAUCAGCAGAAGCUGCCGCCGAAGAUUACGAGACGCGCCUCGAUCAUCUAGUGAAAACCAAAACACUCGACCAAUCCCAAAAUGCCCUUGUUGUGGCCGGUGCUGGUAAAGCAAGUGCAGUUUAUACUGCGCUUAGCGAUGUUUCGAAUUGUGAGGUGCUUCCUGUUGGACUUGUCGAGCCCGAAGGUGAGUUGACUUGGUUUUUAGACAAGGAGGCAGCUUCCAAACUUUGA